CGUGUAUGCAUUUUUGUUAUUCAAUAGACUACCCGUCCAGGACUCUUCUCACGUUUAAAUUUGAGCUGGGUACCAAAAUAAGCGAUUCCCCGCCAGAUCGAGAUUUUAGCGCUGCCUAUAUUUCAAUACUGCGCGGAAGAGUAUUCCUUCCCGUGUCUCUAUGAUCAUCGCCAACUUUACACGUAUUGAAGAUGUUAUAGCAGUUAGAUCACAUAGAUAUACAUCUAUGACUACAAUUAAAAAGAAGAAAGAGCGAGUCACGUUAAUCCUGCGAUUAUCUAGAAGCUUUAGGCUCCUCCACAUUUCACAUGCACAUGUCUAUUCGUCAUCUUUCCAGCCCUAUAUUGCUAUUUGCCCGGAAAGUUUCUGUGUUUAUUUUCUGUUUUUACAAAUUUCUGUUCGAUUUUAGGGUGAAAAUCGACCAGAUUCUCGGUUUCUUGCAUAAAGUAUUCUGCUUUAAGAAUCGCCUUUAACCCUUUCAUGCACUCCAUAAAACAUAGCCUUUAAAUCAUUGUGAUAUUGUCAUAUUGGACUGUGUGAUUGGGAGAGCUAUGAAGCUUUUAUCUUGAUCAGCCGAAAGAUUGGUUUUUGUGUCAUUUAGAUUUCCGUAGGGAUUGAAAUGGAUAUCCCGGAGACGUAGUGAACAGAAAGCGCUCUAAUGACAUCUGGAAAUCAGGAAAAGAUAUAAUACACAGAUUGGUUAGGGUGGUUUGGAUUUUCGGUGAGAAAGUUCAUUCAUUUCAUUGGAGAAAGGGGCAAAGAAAUGACUUUAGGGUUGUCUUCUUUGUUCUCCAAGACGGAAUUGCUCACGUCGGACCAUGGUUCGGUUGUGUCGAUGAACCUCUUCGUCGCGCUGCUUUGCGCAUGCAUUGUUCUUGGACAUCUACUAGAGGAGAACCGCUGGGUGAACGAGUCCAUUACUGCACUUAUACUUGGUUUAUGCACAGGAGUUGUUAUUUUACUCUUUAGCGGGGGAAAGAGUUCCCAUCUUUUUGUCUUUAGUGAAGAUCUUUUCUUCAUAUAUCUCCUUCCGCCAAUAAUAUUCAAUGCUGGGUUUCAGGUGAAGAAGAAGCAAUUUUUCGUGAACUUCAUGACUAUAAUGCUGUUUGGAGCUGUUGGUACACUGAUUUCAUGUGCUAUUAUAUCAGUUGGUGCUGUCGAGAUUUUCAAGAAAUUGAAAAUUGACUUUCUGGAUUUUGGAGAUUAUUUAGCAAUUGGUGCAAUAUUUGCUGCAACCGAUUCUGUUUGUACAUUGCAGGUGCUCAGUCAAGAUGAGACACCCCUACUUUACAGUCUUGUGUUUGGGGAGGGAGUUGUCAAUGAUGCUACAUCAGUGGUGCUUUUCAAUGCUAUUGAAAGUUUUGACAUGUCAAGUUUUGAUCCCAAGAUCGGGCUUCAUUUUCUUGGAAACUUCUUAUACUUAUUUCUCAUGAGCACUUCUCUGGGUGUGGCAACUGGACUGCUCAGUGCUUAUAUUAUCAAAAAGCUAUACUUUGGGAGGCACUCUACGGAUCGUGAGGUUGCCCUUAUGAUUCUCAUGGCUUACUUGUCCUAUAUUAUGGCUGAGUUAUUUUAUCUCAGUGGCAUACUUACAGUAUUCUUCUGUGGAAUUGUCAUGUCCCAUUAUACCUGGCACAAUGUGACUGAGAGUUCAAGGAUCACUACCAAGCAUUCCUUCGCAACUCUAUCAUUUGUCGCCGAGACAUUUAUCUUUCUCUAUGUUGGUAUGGAUGCCUUAGAUAUUGAGAAGUGGAAGUUUGUUAGUGAUAGCCCUGGACUCUCGGUUGCAGUUAGCUCAAUAUUGGUAGGACUUAUCCUAGUAGGCAGAGCUGCCUUUGUCUUUCCCCUAUCGUUUUUAUCCAACUUAGCAAAGAAAAAUACUUCUGACAAGAUAUCCUUCAGGCAGCAAAUAAUAAUUUGGUGGGCUGGUCUAAUGAGAGGUGCUGUCUCAAUAGCACUUGCGUAUAAUAAGUUUACAAGUAAAGGGCAUACACAAGUGCAAGAGAAUGCAAUAAUGAUUACCAGUACUGUUACUGUUGUUCUAUUCAGCACAAUGGUAUUUGGCUUUAUGACAAAACCUCUUAUAAGUCUGUUGCUACCUUUACACAAGCAGUCAACUAGUGCUUUCUCAUCAAUGACAACAUCUGAAUCUGGUACUCCGAGGGACUUCACUGUUCCACUUCUUGACAACCAACACGAUUCAGAAAACAAUCUAAAUGACACCUCGGCGAAUGUUCCUCGACCUACCGCCUUACGCAUGCUUCUAAGCACACCGACUCAUACUGUGCAUCGCUAUUGGCGUAAGUUUGAUGAUUCGUUUAUGCGGCCUGUUUUUGGUGGCAGGGGAUUUGUUCCCUUUGUUCCAGGCUCACCAACUGAGGGGGGUGUCAGCCCUAGCUGAGGUACAAAUGUAAGAAGUUCAAAAAAAUGCAACACUAUAUGAAAAAGGGCAUCUUAUCAAGAAAGGGUAGUCAACUAACUAGUCAAGCUCACAAGUCACAAUUUUAAGACGGCUGGCGAUUAGGAUUUGCAUCCCUAAGUUGUUAAUAUCUGGGUGAAAUUGUGAAUCUUCUUACUGUCAUAGUUGAGCCUGACUACCCUAUCUUAGGGUUGAUGUAAGUUAUAGGUCUCAAGAACUCAACCCCAGAGAAUGUUCUGGCAAAAGGUCGGUGAUUCUCAAUAAAGUUAUUCUGUAAUUGUGUAUAUAUGCUGGUGCAUUUGUAGGCAUCGUAUAUGACCUUUAUCUUCAACAUUAUCCCUCCAAAUUCCAAAGGAUGGGUUCUCCACAUUGAGGAAGCCAUGAGCACCCUGCAUGUCAUGAAGGGUUCUACUCCAAAAAAAAGUAAAGCAGAAUCCAAAGUUCCAAACACUAGCUGACUAGCAAAUGAAGGCCAUACACCCACCUUGUUCUUGGGUUGAGAAGAAGCACGUUACAUAGAGCCGUCAAGUGAUGCAAAGGAUGACAGCAAAAAGGAGGUGAAAAUGUUGUGGGGUUUUUCAGCACAUAAAUGGCAAUUUGUCCAAUUUGAACAAAUAAAUGUUAGAUCCGGUGUCUCUACCUUACUUAAGCAAAGGAGGUGUCUGGCCAUUUACGGUAAUCGAAAAAAAUAAUAAUAGUACAAGAUAGAGGGGUCACUUUUUCACGAAGACAAAUGAUCCAAAUCCAUAAAUGUUCUAGGGGUUUUCAGCACAAAUGGAGUCUACAAUUAAAUUUGUUCAUUUGAAGGGCAGAACACAAGGUUUUAUGUUUGGUUGUUGUGUCUAAUUUUCUACUCCUCGUUGAUUUGUACUUUGAGUCAAUGAAUGAUAUGCAGGUGUGUAAGUGUGUUUUCUAAAAAUUGGCAAUUUACCCCUUCAAGUUGCAAUUUUGUUCCCAUAAGGUGAUGGGAAAUGAACGAGAAAAUAUAUGGAGCACACAAACUUGCUCAGUACAGAGCAUGUUGGCGUGAUGAAUGAAUAACAUUUUCUGGAUAUUUUAGAUGAUUGAAUCCUGAUCAUUCAUCAUGCCAACAUGAUCUGUAGUAAGCACGUUGACAUGCUUCAUAUAUUUUUUGGAAAGAGAACUUAGAGGCUUCAUAUAUUUUCGAGAAACUUCAGAAGUUAUCUUGUGCUCUUUU